CAUAUUCUUUAAACCUAACCUAAUAAAUCAACAAUAUGGUAUUUUUAAAUCGUACUUUAUUACAAUAUGUUAAACAUUAUUCUAAUGUAAUGGUGACAAGUAAACACGCAAAAUUAAAAUUAACCUAUAAGUAGGUAUAAGUAAUGUUUUUUUCGAUGUACGUAGUCACGGAUUGUUGUUUGUUGUUGUUCGUAAAUGUUUUUUAACACAUUGCUUAAAGCUAUGCAUUGGCAGUCCAUCACAGUCUUGGAGAUCUUGUUAUAGAAGAGUACACCCAAACCUACAAAAGAUUUUUUUACUCUUUGGAGACGAUAUGCAGAAAUAACUAACUUAUACCCGUGUCUAGUAAGACGUGGGUUUAAAUCUCCUUGUACAAAUUAAUAUUUUGUCUUACAUAAACUAUACUAAAUGUCUAAAUAUAUACCGCUCUCUCUGUCGUUCCAUCAAGACGUCGAUAUGUAGAUAAGUUUAGGUGGUUUAGAUUAAAGCAUACUUCUCUUAGCGCUCAAAGUUUACCUUUUUGAAGUAGACAGUGUGCACGCUACCUUAGCCUACAAAGACAUACCAAACAACGCGUUCCGGUACGGUGCUCUGGAAACAAAUUAGGUUCACCAAUUAGGUAUCCAAUAGCCCACAACGGGUGUAAUAAACUCCUAAAUCCUAUUUCCUUAUAUGGUAAUGUAGCGCCCUUCGUAGACCGUAUCAUUAGUUACCAUCUUGUGAGAUUGCUAACAUAUAAGCUAUAAAUUCUUGUCUUAAGUGUUUGAUAUUGUUUGUUAGAAAUUAGCGGAACGAAAGUGUAAUGAUGCGAGACAUUGUGCGAAUAACAAUAAUGGAAUUCGGUACUAUUAAACAUAACAUAAAACGUACAUAACAAAGAUAUGGCUCUCGGAGUUUUAUGGUUUGCGGCGUUGGUUUUGCUAAUUUGGGUGUUACUGAAAAAGUGGAAUCAAUGGAAGGAUCUCCCACCUGGACCUUGGGGUCUACCCAUUGUUGGUUACCUACCUUUCCUUGACCGGCAUUACCCGCAUUUGUCUCUGACGGAGCUCUCGAAGCAGUAUGGUCCAGUCUACGGUAUACAAAUGGGGGGAGUAUAUACUGUGGUUCUGUCUGAUCAUCAGUCAAUAAGGGAAGCAUUUUCUAAGGAUGCCUUCACAGGGCGCGCGCCUUUGUACUUGAGUCAUGGUAUUACAAAAGGCAACGGGAUUAUUUGUGCCGAGAAUGCUCUAUGGAGGGACCAAAGGAAAGUUGUGACGUCACUGCUCAAAAGUAUUGGCAUGAUCAAACACGGCAUUGCUCGUGAGAAAUUAUCAAAACGAAUAUCAGAUGACAUCGACGAAUUGAUUCAAAAUAUCAAAGAAUCUUGUGGAUCGCCGAUACAUCUACCAGAUAUGCUGUUUGAUUCUUUUGGAGCUGUUGUCUUUGAUGUAGUAUUGGGAUUUAAAUUUCCAAGGAACGAUAAAACAUGGAACUGGUUGAGAGCAAUUCUAAAAGAGGGCGGUGUUGAGGUGGCUGUCUCCGGUGCUUUGAAUUUUCUACCUUUUCUGCGAUUCAUAUCUCCAUCAAAAAGAAAAUCAUUACAAGUACUAAUUAACGCACAAACACAAACUCACAAACUAAACGCAAGCAUCAUUGCGAAACGUCGUAAGAUGAUAGGUUUGGAAGCACCGCCAGGAGCCAUACGAAAAGAUCAUGCAAAUAUAUUUGACGAUCAUCCCGAGGGUUUCAUAAAAUGUAUAAAGUACAGUAAACACGCGUCGAAUCCUGAAGUUCAUUACUUUGACCCCAAAGUUAUGAUAUAUACAAAAGAUGUAUGCAUGCUGGACAAUUUCCUCAUUGAGCAAAAGAAGAGAUUUGAUAAUGGAGAUGAUACCGCUUAUCUGAUGAGAGACGAACAGCUGCAUUACCUCUUAGUGGACUUAUUCAGCGCAAGUCUAGACACCAGUACUGUUACAUUUUCGUGGCUCCUGUUAUAUAUAUCGUUAUAUACUGAAAUACAAGAAAAGAUACGUCAAGAAAUUUUAACUGUAUAUCCCGAAGAGGGUGUGGUUGAUAGCACAAAAUUAUCUUACACCUUGGCGGCUGUAUGCGAGACUCAACGGAUCAGGACAAUUGUACCUUUAGGCGUACCUCAUGGAUGUUUACAAGAAGCUUACUUCAGAAAUUACCGGAUACCUAAGGGAGCAAUGAUUAUACCUCUGCUGUGGGCAGUGCAUAUGGAUACGCGUGUUUGGAAAGAUCCUGAAAGUUUCAAUCCCAACCGAUUUAUCGACGAGAAUGGACAGUUAAUAAAGCCACAGGAGCUAAUUACCUUUCAAGCUGGUAAAAGAAUGUGCCCUGGUGAUGAGCUGUCUCGUAUGUCAAUAGUUGGCCACAUCGCGCGCCUCUUACGCGCCUUCAGAAUUAGACUAUCAUCAGAACCACCGACGGCAGAGCAAAUGAAGGGGAAUACGGGCAUUUCCUUGAUGCCACCGGAACUUCUUUAUAUAUGUGAACCCAUUUCUUAAAACCCUUGAAUCAGCCAUCGUGUGUAUAAUCCUUAUAUCUUUGCCAAUUCGACAGCGACAACAAACUGGAAACUCUGUUAGAUCACAGGUGGGCUUCGAUCAUGCGCCCUCAUGAUAGUGGAAUUUAUAGACGUUGUGGGGGUGCCCCCAGGGGAUCAGUCAGUCUCUGAGUGUCGAAUUUAAAUUCUAUGUGUUUUAUUCUAU